AUGCAGAACCGAAUAAUUCGUAGUCGCCAGUUGGAGCGUGAGCGUCGUACCAUCUCCCCACCCGAGCAGAAUGUCGAUGGUCGCAAUGUGAAUCGCAACUCUGCCAACCAGCGUCGCCGUCGGCAUCGCGACACCAGUGCGUCGGAAGAGGUGAGAACUCCGCAUAGUUACUCCACCCGGAAGUAUGCUAAUGCCGGCGAGGAUGACCGCAAUAGUGACAUGUAUAGGCAUGCUGGUGGUGGCAUAAAGUCUAAAUCCAACCAAAAUGUCCCCAUCGCAACUCUUUCAGAGACUGUUGCGGCUGAGCAACGGAAGGACCGCCAGUCCUCGGAAGGUCUGACUGCAAAGAAGAAUGCUGUAGGUUGCCAGGUAGGGCCGAGCAAAAGAAUGGUAGGUGAGAUCAACUUAGCAAUCGUGGGUGGAAGAAGUGAUUCUGAAAUGGCUCCGGCGUGCAGAUUAGAAUCACGAGGAAGGAGGGACGGCAUCAAGGGUAUGGAUAGAAACAGGAAAAAUCAGCAAAAGCGAAAAGAAAGCAAUGUUGAAGAUUCAUGUAUAGCCGAGGACGUGGAAGAUGAAGGCACGAACAGAGGAGAGAAGGGCGAUGAGCUGGAAGGAGAAGCAGAGAAGGAAGAGGAACUAGCAGUUGUUACGACACCCGCGAUUAAUCUAUUUCGGCUGCUGACAGUAGAGUCGGUGGAGCAUGCUGAGGCAAUCUAUCGUGCCAGUAAGAUGCGUGAGCAAGACCAGAAGAUGGCGACCAAAGGUGGGUAUAUUUGA